UCGGAACUCCCAGAAAGCCGAGAGGGCGCUUAGGUGAAAUGGCUUUAUGCCGAUUCGCAAUCUUUCCCAAGUCUCCUACUUCAUUUUUCCCCAAUUGCCCUCUAAAUUCCCCUGAAUUUAUGCACCUGCCACUCCUGCUUCAGAAUCAUAAGCCUACUCAUAUAGUCUCCUCAUCUGCGUUGCACUCAUCAUCAUCGUCCAUGGAAUCUGCUCCUGAAGGUUAUAGGAGAAACGUUGGUGUGUGUCUCAUCAAUCCUUCUAAAAAGAUUUUUGCUGCUUCAAGGCUGGAUAUACCCAAUGCUUGGCAAAUGCCGCAGGGUGGUAUUGAUGAGGGUGAAGAUCCUAAAAGUGCGGUCAUCAGGGAGUUAAGAGAGGAGACAGGAGUUAGUUCAGCAGAAAUUCUUGCAGAGGUUCCUUAUUGGUUGACAUAUGACUUCCCUCCUGAAGUCAGGGAAAAGCUUAAACAUCAGUGGGGAUCAGACUGGAAGGGUCAAGCACAAAAGUGGUUUCUUCUUAAAUUCACUGGGAAGGAUGAAGAAAUCAAUCUUCUGGGUGAUGGGACAGAGAAAGCUGAAUUUGGGGAAUGGUCAUGGAUGUCUCCUGAACAAGUAAUUGAGCAUGCAGUGGAUUUUAAGAAGCCUGUUUAUAAGGAAGUUAUGGCAGCUUUUGCUCCAUAUUUCCAGGAAUCUUAGAUUCAAGUUUUGACCAAUGAGUUACUUCAGUAAAUAAAACUAAGUCAAUGAGCAAUGGUUAUCUGAAUUAUGCGCACCGGAUAUCAGCUUGCAUGUUCAAAUAGUUGUAAGAAUGGAAAGUUCAACCUUUUUCUUCAAUCCUAGAUGCAAAUUUUCAUGUAAUGACUAUAGAUGUUCUUAUGAACUCACUAGACUUAUUUGUGGUAAUGUCCUGUUUGUAAGAAUAUUAUUUCUCUUCAUCCUUGACAAGUUUUGAUUAAAUAUUCUAUUGUCAAACAACUUAGGCUUUUGUGAUAAGUUUAAAUGUAUCAUUUUGAAUGCAAGUAAUCCAGAAGUUCUA